AUGAUUGUGCCUGCGGUCCCAGAAAUCGUUGAAGAAGAGAUUGAGUCCGCAAUCGAAAGCCGCAACGAGGCAUUGCAGACCAUUCGUGAAUUAGGUCCCCCAGAUCUGGUACACCUAGUCAAGCAGGCGAAGUCGGGAGGGCGCCAGUUUGGAGUCUACCACCAUGUCACUGGGGUAGACGCUUCCUCAUCAGCCAGCUUAGCAGCGUACGUAAACACCCUCGUCUAUACGCCGCAAGACAAAACACAUAAAGUGGUAUCUGGACUGUAUUGCUGCUACAAUGCGUUUUCACAUCUGGAUAUGCGGGUGGAUGUUAAGAUACCGGGUGGAGUGGAGAGCUAUUGCAUCGACGAGCGGGGCGACAAGCGAGUGGCAUCCGAAGGGCUUUGGCUAGAGACCUUCUUGUGCGCUGUGCUCAGAGCGUACUCGUACGCAGAUGAUGGUAGCGGAGAUAGCAUCAAAAAGAUCAUCGGUGUCCGGAGAUUCGAUCCAAUCACUAGCACGGAGGUGGAGCACAAGUUCCUCGAUGCUGCCGAAAGACUUUUUUUCAAAGGAUCACAGCUUGGCUCGGAACCCGAAAUUCAAGUGCCCAAUGUCGUCUCUAAUCAUCUCACAACAGGCCUUCUCAAUUACAUACAUACCACAGGAAGAUAUACAUCCGGCAUAAACCUCUUCGAAAAGCUUCGGACACGGGAUGUGGAAGUCUCGUCACUCCUCGCCCGUGUUCUCAUAUCCGCGGACGAGGAGGUCCAAGCGGUCAAGCUCCUCCACGAUGCCAUAUCGCAGUUACCUAUGGAUUACUCCCUUCUCGAUUGCCAAUCGGCAUUCUGCCAAAGCAAGGGUCAGUUAGAGUGGGCGCUGGAUUGUGCAAAGCGAAGUGUGACUGCGGCACCUAGCGAGUUUGGUACAUGGGCAAAGCUUGCAGAGAUCUACGUUGGCCUCGAGCAAUGGGACCUCGCACUUCUAACGCUAAAUUCAUGCCCGAUGUUCACAUAUCAGGACAAAGAUGCGCCCCGAAUGCCAGAGCCCCAGCGAGUAAUCCUACCAGUCAUGCCAGAAAGCAUGUUAGAUGAGAUAGACGAAUCACAGGAAGCAAUCAACAGCGAGCUGGUCCAUCCGUCCUUACGAAAGCUGCAUGCAGCAGGCUAUAAGGGCACAUUCCUCAAAGCCUACAGUCUGCUCACAGAAAUAACCGCAAAGAUCGGAUGGGACCAAUUGCUCAAGAUACGAAGUCACGUCUUUGUGAUGGAAGAAGAAUACCGGAGCGAGAAGCAGACUGGCGGAAAUCAGCAGCCCACCGCGAAUCAGAAUGCAAGUACCGUCGCUCUACAUUCCCCAAGUCCGCGCGUCAAUGGGACGACAGACAGCAUUGAAAGCCACGACGGCGACUUCUCACUACCAGGUUCAGCGAAUACACAAAUGACCGAACAAAGUAGCGGGGCCCCCAGCAGUGCUACGUUGACGAACGAGUCUAUCGAGAAACCUAACCACACCAUAACCUCUGAAGAAGUCAAAGCUGGCAACGAAGACCCUUCUCCCUCUCAACCUCACUACACACAAUUCCACAACAAACGACUCUGUGAGCGCUGGCUUGACAAUCUCUUCAUGGUUCUCUAUGAAGACCUACGCAUAUACACAAUCUGGCGGACCGACAUGGCACGCUCUAAGACCGAGGAAUCAUCAGGUGAAUACCGCAAAUCGGCAGAAGAGUGGGAGAUUCUGGGCGAGCUUGCGGAAAGACUUCAUCACUUUCCAGAAGCGGUGGAAGCGUAUCAGUCGUGCCUGAGGGUCAGGUUUAGCCCGAAGGCGAUGAGAGGGGUAUUGAGGAUGUAUGAGGGCCAAGGGAGGGUAGGUGAGGUACUGCAGUGCGUUAUACGGCUGGUCGCUUGGCAGUAUCGGUGGUACUCCGAGUUCUGUCCAUCCCUCCUCCACACCGUCCGCAAGCUCAUCGAAAGCGAAGGCGCGGUCAAAGUUCGCAGUAUCGUUCAAGCAACCAGCCUACCGCAAUCGGUCUUGGAUCUCACGAAUGGUUAUGUGGAGCGCUGUGCUUCAUUUAGGUCGAACGGUAGCGAUGGCUGA